AUGGGUGGGCUGGGAAAGACCACUCUCGUAAGAAACCUAUAUAACUCCCCAAGUCUACUAGCUAUCUUUCAAACUCGUGCUUGGAUAUGCGUCUCUCAACAGUAUAGUACCCCAGAUCUCUUUUGGAGCAUCAUAAAAUCUAUCCAAGGUUGCAGUGAAGAACUGCUCAAAUUGCUGAAGGAGAUGUCAGAGAGAGAUCUAGAAACUCACCUCCGUGAUCUAUUGAAAGAGCGCAAAUACCUUGUGGUGGUUGAUGAUCUAUGGCAUCGAGAAGCUUGGGAGAGCCUGAAAAGAGCCUUACCAGAUAACAACAAUGGAAGUAGAGUUAUCCUUACAACACGAAAAGAGGAUGUGGCUGAAAGAGUCGAUGACAAAGGUUUCUCCCAUAAACUUCGUUUUCUAAAUAAAGAAGAAAGUUGGGACCUUUUAUGCAAGAAACUAUGUCCAGAGAAUAAGAUGGGUGGUAUUGACUUGUUCUCUCCUUUAAUGAAAAAGCUAGCUGAGGAAAUGGUGGACAAGUGCAAAGGCUUACCACUUGCAAUUGUGGUACUAGGUGGGCUACUUUCCUACAGAAAGGAGGUGGACGAAUGGCAAAAGGUGAAGACACACCUUUGGCAGCAUAUGAAGAAUGACUCUGUUGAGAUCUCUCACAUCCUAUCAUUGAGCUACAAUGAUUUGUCAUUUGAGCUCAAGCAAUGCUUUCUAUACAUUGGCAUUUUCCAAGAAGAUGAUGUGAUCGACGCUGAAAAGUUGAUGCACCUGUGGCUGGCGGAAGGAUUCAUACCAAGAAUUAGAGAACAUAUGGAGGAUAUUGCUGAAAACUUUCUACAUGAGCUAGUAAGUCGAAGCUUGAUUCAAGUGUUGGAGACGAUCUUUGAUAAAAAAUUUAAAUGUAGGAUACACGACCUACUUCGGGAUCUUGUCGUACAAAAGGCCGCAGAGGUUCACUUGUAUGACAUUUAUGAUCCAAGAGUAAAUUCGAUCACUCCAUUUCGUCACCGACAUGCUAUUCAUGUGCAAACUGAAAGGUAUCUUUCACUUGAUCUUUCUAAAUUGAAGGUAAGAUCAAUAUUGUUCUUUGAUAAGGAAUUUAAGGUCUUGGAUCACAGUAAAAUGUCCAUGAUAAGCGGUACAACGUUCCCACAUCUAUAUGUGCUGGACUUGGAGAACAUCUGUUUUAGUGGAGGUGAUCUACCUGAUGCUAUAGGCAAUAUGGUACACCUCAAGUUCUUGGGCUUGUGUAAUACCAAUCUAUUCAAACUCCCACCUUCCGUUGGCAAACUAAAAUGCCUGCAAACACUGGAAGCAUUGAUAUCAGACAAUUGCUCAUGCGAACUACCUCCUCAGGUAGCCCAGCUCACAAAUUUGAGACAUUUAGUUGCUCGAUAUGAGGUUCCCGUGCAAGUUAACAGGCUGACAAAUCUACGAACUCUGAAAUUUAUUCGUUGUGAUCAGUGGAAACAUACUGAUGCUUCUGCUUUAGUCAACCUUCAAGAAUUUGGCAUGGAAAAAAUUAAGAAAUCUUACUCCCUAAAAUCCAUUGGUAGCCUGAAAAGCCUCACCACCUUGUUUCUAAUUUGCAGUUAUGGUGGAACUUUUCCUCCCCUUGAACCUCUUUCUUCUUGUGAAAACCUUCACAGAUUGUGGUUAUCAGGGGGAAUAGAAGAACUAGCGAAUUUAAACGAUCUGCCAAAAUUCAUCACUGUGUUAGUCCCACAGUCUACACACUCUACAGGACUCGAGGAAGAUCCAAUGCCAAUUCUGGGGAAGUUUCCAAACUUAAAGCAUCUUGAGUUAUCACGUGCUUACAAGGGAAACAGUUUUGGUCAGCUGGAGACCCUUAGACUUGGUAGUCUUGAAAAUCUAGAAAGCUGGCAUCUUCACACAAUUGCUAUGAGUGUGCUUAAAAGUCUGAGUAUAUUUGGGUGUCCGGAGCUGAAGAAAAUUCCAGAAAGAAUGGAGCAUAUUGCAGUGCUUGAUGCAAGAUAUGGAAGCGGUAGCGGUGCACCAGUGACACCUUCUUUCAUUAGACAGGGUUUCAAUGACAGAAUGUCUGUCAUCUUCAUGUCACACGCCACGAUAGCUGCUGCAGUUGCUGUAUUUUUGGAUAGGACUCUUCCAUUUAAUAACGAUGAAGCUCGUAAAGACAGUGGCUUGCAUUGGUGGGACAAGUUUGUGUUAACAGUAACUCAAGCCCAGCAUUACAAUGUAAUUUCAACUAAUGCUACUGGGAGCAUAUCUGGCAGUAGGAGUAGUAUAAAAUAUACUUCUAUCUAUUGUUCAAAAACUGGGGGAUUUCCUCAUAGAGGAAGUUUCUCUGCGACAAAGUCUGAGAAAGAAUGUUCUUUGGCUGAGAAAUGA